GUACAGGUGACUGUACCAGUGAGGUUUUAUUCACCAUUUGUGUGAGCUAACUGAAGCAGUUCUUUCACCACGCAAAUCACCUGAGUUGUGGCCGAAACACAUCUUCCUGCUUAGGCUUUUUUUCCUGGCAGCGAUGUACACACAAACCCACAGCUGCACAUGUGCAGCAGAGUGUGUACCUGUGCAGAGUUGAAACUUGAUGGAGGGGUGGGGGUGGGUGUUCUGACAGUGAUUGAAGACAAGGACAUUUAAAGAACCAGAAGUGGGGUAAAAGCAAGUUAAAUGAAUUGUUGUUGUUGUUGUUGCUUUAUAGUCUGCCUUAUUUGUAAUAUGCACUUGUGUUCAGGAUUUUGACAGAACUUGUAAUACACUGUAAAACAUCACAGAAUAAUCAGAGCAAUACAGAGCAGUCAGAGCAAGAUACUUCACACACACACAAAACGUUUUUAUAAUCAAAUAAACUAAUUAUAUCUCCUUUAGGUGGAUAAUUAUAUCUGAGUCAUCAAGGUAUAGCAUCUAAAUUUAGACCCUAUCUACACCUGGGUUACAUUGUAUAAAAGCCGUUUUACCAUGUGUAUCUGUGUCUAGUAAAUGACUGUUUUUUUUUUAAACUCAUAAUGUUUAAGAAAUUAAAGCAGAAAUUAUACGCAGAUAAUUAAUAGAUAAUUGUUUUUUAAUUAUUACUGGUUGGUUUAAUUUAGUGAACUGCAGGAAAAUAUUUAAAAUGGGAUGAAUUUAUGGUGGAGGACAUCUAUAUGGUUGUAAAGGUAAGAAAUGAAGUUGUUUUUCUUGAAACACAGACUGAGGCUGUGGUGAAAACCCUUUCCUCUGGUCUUGGCUUCAAAGUUAAAAGUGGUGCUUCACCUUUUUAACACAGCAGAUGCAGAGCUCUCGUAUUCACUGUGUUGUUAGUAGUCCUGGUGAAACAUUCAAAGAGAAAGUCUUAAAUCAUGCAUGCUUUUACCGUUUUUUGCCCUUUGCUGCUGAUGUGGUCGUGCCAGAUUAAGAAAAGCUUGUCCAAUGUGACUGCUGAUUACCAAAUGGAUAACAAAUCCACAACAGAGUAUGAUUAUUCCCCAGAGACGGUGGAUUACAGCGAUCAUGAAUUAAUAUGUGAUAGAGGCUCCAACCGUUCCUUCCGCGCCUGGUUCCUGCCCACCAUCUACACCAUCAUCUGCCUCCUGGCCCUCGUGGGAAACUUUCUGGUCAUCCUAACCUACCUUUACUUCAAGAGGCUGAAGACGAUGACUGACGUCUACCUGCUCAAUCUAGCCAUGGCUGACCUACUGUUUGCAAUUUCGCUCCCCUUCUGGGCAGCUAGUUUCAUGAGCAAGUGGCACUUGGGUCCGUAUCCAUGCAAGGCCAUGUUUACCAUCUACAAGGUCAGCUUCUUCAGCGGCAUGUUCCUUCUCACCUGCAUCAGCGUAGAUCGCUAUUUCUCCAUCACAAAGGCCAUCUCUGCUCAUCGCUGUCGCUCCAGUGCGGUCUUUUACGGACAGGUGUCUUCUCUGGUUACUUGGGUGAUGGCAGUGAUCUUUUCGGUACCUGACAUGGUGUUCUCUGAAGUCAACAUCAAUGGCACCUGUACGGCAAAUGGCAACAACUAUGAAGACUACCGCAUUAGGAUGCUGGUAAGUCAGAUGGUCCUGGGUUUUAUACUUCCAGCGGUUGUCAUUGGGUUCUGUUACAUCUGUAUCAUCAAGACCCUCAUCCAAGCCAAGAACUUUGAGAGGAAUAAAGCCUUCAAGGUCAUCAUUGCAGUGGUAUCUGUCUUUGUGUUCAGUCAACUACCCUACAAUGUAGUCAUGGGAGUGACCACUCAGGAAACAACAGACUGCAACAAGGACAAGAGUCGCAUUUACGCUUUGGAUGUGACCAGAGCCGUGGCCUUCUUGCGCUGCUGCAUAAACCCCUUCCUGUACGCCUUCAUUGGGGUAAAGUUUCGCAAUGAUCUCCUGAAGCUACUGAAAGACUUGGGAUGUAUCAGAAAGAGCCACCUCAUGUACACCUACUGCGGUAAACGAAGAUCCUCUGUCGGCCUGGACACCGAAACCACAACUACGUUUUCCCCCUGAAUGCUCCUAUCUGUUAAAGAGCAGAUUCCAGAACAACAAAAAAAAGGUUUUGCCAAUUUACUCCUGUUACAUAGUGGUAAAUCGCUUCAUAAGCUCCAUUCAGAUAACAGUGCCUGUGGAGGACUGUAUGGUGCCAUAUACUGACAUGCCGCAAAUUUUGCUGUGCAGUGUUACUAGUGACUUAUUGUACAAAAACUUCCUGCUUUAUAACAAUGAGCUUUUCACUUCUUGUUUUUGAUUCCUCUUUGAGAAAUGUCUGUCACUCUUUGUUAUAUGAUGUAGCCAUUUUGUGUUCUAUAUCUUGUUCUCAAUAUCAAUAUACUGCAUAUUACACAUGCUUUCAAAAAUGAGACAUCUUUAAGGCUAACCAUCCACUAAGAUGUGAAAAAUGUAUUUAGCUGGUAUUCAUUAUUCAAAUUCAUUUUAUUUACUCUGUCUGAGAUGUUAUAAAACUGAAUAAAUCUACAUUUUCUG